AUGACCUAUAUUAAUCUAUUCCCCUCGGUUGCUCACCAAGAUGUAUUUAAGAUUAUUCUGCUUGCUUUCAAAUUCACAUCAACGUUGCAAUCUAAUGACCCAGUUAAUCAUGUAACGGAUGGCCCAGUUAGUCAUGUAAAGGAUGACCCAGUUAGUCAUGUAAAGGAUGACUCAGUUAGUCAUGUGAAGGGUGAUCCAGUUAGUCAUGUAAAGGAUGACCCAGUUAGUCAUGUUAAGGAUGACCCAGUUAGUCAGGUAAAGGAUGACCCAGUUAGUCAUGUAAAGAAUGACCCAGUUAGUCAUGUAAAGGAUGACCCAGUUAGUCAGGUAAAGGAUGACCCAGUUAGUCAUGUAAAGGAUGACCCAGUUAGUCCGGUAAUGGAUGACCCAGUUAAUCAAGUAAAGGAUGACCCAGUUAGUCAGGUAAAGGAUGACCCAGUUAGUCAUGAAAAGGAUGACCCAGUUAGUCAGGUAAAGUAUGACCCAGUUAGUCAUGAAAAGGAUGACCCAGUUAGUCAUGUAAAGUAUGACCAAGUUAGUCAGGUAAUGGAUGACCCAGUUAAUCAAGUAAAGGAUGACCAAAGUAGUCAGGUAAAGUAUGACCCAGUUAGUCAGGUAAUGGAUGACCCAGUUAAUCAAGUAAAGGAUGACCCAGUUAGUCAGGUAAAGUAUGACCCAGUUAGUCAGGUAAUGAAUGACCCAGUUAGUCAUGAAAAGGAUGACCCGGUUAGUCAGGUAAAGUAUGACCCAGUUAGUCAGAUUAUUCUGCUUGCUUUCAAAUUCACAUCAACGUUGCAAUCUAAUGACCCAGUUAAUCAUGUAACGGAUGGCCCAGUUAGUCAUGUAAAGGAUGACCCAGUUAGUCAUGUAAAGGAUGACUCAGUUAGUCAUGUGAAGGGUGAUCCAGUUAGUCAUGUAAAGGAUGACCCAGUUAGUCAUGUUAAGGAUGACCCAGUUAGUCAGGUAAAGGAUGACCAAGUUAGUCAUGUAAAGAAUGACCCAGUUAGUCAUGUAAAGGAUGACCCAGUUAGUCAGGUAAAGGAUGACCCAGUUAGUCAUGUAAAGGAUGACCAAGUUAGUCCGGUAAUGGAUGACCCAGUUAAUCAAGUAAAGGAUGACCCAGUUAGUCAGGUAAAGGAUGACCCAGUUAGUCAUGAAAAGGAUGACCCAGUUAGUCAGGUAAAGUAUGACCCAGUUAGUCAUGAAAAGGAUGACCCAGUUAGUCAUGUAAAGUAUGACCAAGUUAGUCAGGUAAUGGAUGACCCAGUUAAUCAAGUAAAGGAUGACCAAAGUAGUCAGGUAAAGUAUGACCCAGUUAGUCAGGUAAUGGAUGACCCAGUUAAUCAAGUAAAGGAUGACCCAGUUAGUCAGGUAAAGUAUGACCCAGUUAGUCAGGUAAUGAAUGACCCAGUUAGUCAUGAAAAGGAUGACCCGGUUAGUCAGGUAAAGUAUGACCCAGUUAGUCAGGAUGGCCCAGGGAAAUCAUGUGCGGAUGGCCCAGUGAAAUCAUGUGAGGAUGGCCCAGGGAAAUCAUGUGAGGAUAGCCCAGGGAAAUCAUGUGAGGAUGGCCCAGGGAAAUCAUGUGAGGAUAGCCCAGGGAAAUCAUGUGAGGAUGGACCAGGGAAAUCAUGUGAGGAUGGACCAGGGAAAUCAUGUGAGGAUAGCCCAGGGAAAUCAUGUGAGGAUGGCCCAGGGAAAUCAUGUGAGGAUGGCCCAGGGAAAUCAUGUGAGGAUGGCCCAGGGAAAUCAUGUGAGGAUGGCCCAGCGAAUCAAGUGAGGAUGGCCCAGGGUAAUCAUGUGAGGAUAGCCCAGGGAUAUCAUGUGAGGAUAGCCCAGGGAAAUCAUGCGAGGAUGGCCCAGGGAAAUCAUGUGAGGAUGGCCCAGGGUAAUCAUGUGAGGAUGGCCCAGUUAAUCAGGUGA